GGUGAAAGUGGGAGGAAACCACCCAAAUGUCAUCGGGUGCAGAAAAAGGAUAAUGCGAGGGUUUAAAACAGAACAUUGAACGCUCGCUAGCAAAGCAUUCCUGCACGGUAAUCUAAUAGACGGUGGAGAGAUUGCAGAAACCGAUUCAGAUAAUGGUGAGACGCACCUAGAGCACGGUUGAAUUCGGAGUGCGCCUGUGAUUGUGUGCUGUGUGGUGGACUGCAUUCGGUGGACAAGGAUUCCGCAGUAAAGGAGGGCACACGCGAGUCGAUUAUGAAACUAGGUCCCGGAGGUCCUGUAGACGUGCGAGCAGCGUGAACAGACGGCGGCAGACGGGUGGUUCGUAGAAUCGCAACGGGAAAGCUCUGGCUAUCUUCGAUUGUUGGGAACGACGUCGACGGUGGUGGCGGUGGUGGCUCGCACUGCCACGGAUCGGUCAGAUGGGCAUGAACAAGACGCUGCUGGUGUUUAUUGUGGCCAGCGGGUUUUUGUUAUUUAUCUACGCCAACAGUAGCGUCUUCAAUCGGCACCUGGUGCAGAAGGAUACACCAGAACGGUUGGCAGCGGCGGCAGCCCUGGUACAUAGUAAUCGUCAGCACCAGCAUAAGCCCCGUGAGGGACAACACCGAAACGGUACGGGAAACGAAGAUGGCCCCAGCGACCCUUCGGCAAGCAAGCUGAAACGCGUAAAGUAUGUUUCGAAGGGCAGAAACGAUACCGAGUACAAUAUCUUCCUCAUCUACACAAAGGAAAGCCAAAACCUGAUCCUGCACAGCCAGUUGGAACUAUUUCUUCGCAGUCUCCUCAAAUAUAGCUCGAUCGAGCUUCACCUGCACAUUAUCACAGACGAGCAAAGCGAACGAUCGGCCGAAGAGCUGAUCAAGCAGCAGAUCGAACGAUUUCAUCGAACCGCAUUCUACACGCUGUACGAUGUUCGAGACUGUGCGGAGAAGAUUAACGACAUCGUGCAUAGUAUGAUGCCACUGUUCAACUACCGAUCCGGGAGUUACUACAGUGAUGCCUUAUUUCUGUUGUCGCUGGGCUUGCAUCGCAUCGUCGAUCGGAACAUGCGCCAAGCGAUUUUGAUAGACUGUGACGUUGUGUUCCGAGCAUCGGUCAAGGAGCUGUUUGACCAGUUCGAGUUAUUCGCACCAGACCAGCUGUUUGGAUUAGCCCCGGAGUUGACGCCCGUCUAUCGGCAUGUCCUAUCUCGGUACCGGAUGAACAAUCCACAAACCAUCUUCGGUAGUCCGUACUAUCUCGACAACCUGGCCUCUCCGACGAACGUGCUGUCGCCAUCGACUAAUGAUGCAUUGCGCGGCAAAAAACUACCUGCAUCAGGCGAUAAGCGAAGGCAUGGAUAUCCGGGGUUGAAUUCAGGUGUCGUUAUGCUGCAGCUUGACCGCAUUCGUCGAUCGCGUCUAUACGAGGAAAUCAUCAAGGAGUCCACCGUGAAGAACAUGGCAGACAAAUAUUCCUUCCAGGGUCAUCUGGGCGAUCAGGACUUUUACACGCUGAUGGGGUUCGAAUUUCCCGGGCUGAUUUACCGUUUGGAUUGCGUAUGGAACCGUCAACUAUGUACGUGGUGGCGGGAACACGGAUACAGUGACAUCUUCGAUAGCUAUUUUCACUGUGAAGGCGCGGUUAAGAUCUACCAUGGCAAUUGUAACACUCGGGCACCCGAAUAGGCGGCAAUGCGUCAUCAAAGAUGAUCUGCUCCUUCUCUCUAUGUCUCUCUCUUUCCCUCUACUUUUCUCUUCGAAUCCUCCGACUGUAUGUGUUUGAACAUUCCAGUACCCAGUGUUCAUACGUUCUUCGACAUUCCAAACUAGCACUUCGUUGGCCAUAGAAUCUAAAGAGUGAAGUUUGUCGUAGGAUGAUUUAUGAAGAUCUCAACGCGAAACGACGCGAAACUCUGCGUUUAAUUCGUCGACAGCGCCACGUACGAUGCAUGAUCGUAUACUAGGCUAGGUGAUUUCUUGUUUGGCUUAGACUAUUCCGCUCGAACAAGCUCGUCCAAAACGCAUCCAUCGAUCGUACAACGAUAAAUGGAGUGAUGUUGGAGGUUAGGUUUUUAAGCAACAAACUACAAGUUUCCCAACUUCCCCCGUUCGUGCAAUAUUUAUUUCGUUGUGUGCAUUUGUGUUUAAAAAGUUUUCCGUGGUACGAAAUAAGAUUUUAAUUUGUUAAACACAAAUUUUAGAGUUUAAUUUUAGAGCGCCUAGUGCACUUAUUGGCUGCCAUUGUGUUUAAUCGCAAGAGAAUUGAGCGAAAUGGUUUUAACUAUUGAAAACCUUGCAUUCGUUGUAAGUUAGUGAAUGAACGAACAAGAAUCAAAUUAGGUUAGGACGUACAAAAGAUUUGAAGAAGCUUCAACUAAACUAACAAAAAACACUGGAAUCUCUUCAUACCGUUUAGCAUUGUGGAAACACAAUAGCCAGAUAAAAUAGAAAAACGGGACAGCCCACGAAAUCCAUUUUACAUGGCCUAAUCAGCUGGGCAUUAUAAUCCAGCGUUUGGGGCUCGGAUACUUCCUGCGAAUGGAUCGAUUUAAGGAGACAAAAACGAAUAAUAAAAACAUACAAUUUUCCCUUUUUGAUAUCAUCGUUUAUUCGAUCAAACACAACACUA